AUGAAUCCCAAUAAUACUUCAAUUACUAAUCAAGAUCAGAGUAUGGAUUAAUUUCGAUUGGUUCAAGAUAUAAAAUAAAGUAAAACUCAAAAGUCCAAUGGAACUAAUAUGAAUGAGCAUGCUUCAAGUUUCACUAAAGAAGUAUAAUUUCUCAACUCUCAUGCAAAUGAGACCUUAGGCAAAUAUCAUAGUUAAAUUCGAAUGAGUUUGAAUGAUAACUAAUAGGUUUAAUAUAAAUAGGAGAGCUACAAUAAUUCCAUUUAAUAGCUGAAUAAUCCUAAAAUAAAUCUACGGAAAUCAUUCUUUAUGGUACCUUAGAAUGAUCAGUAAGGUAAACUUGAUAUUAAUAACCUGAAGAAUGCUAUUCAGUCAUAAAGAGAUAUAAACUAAACUGAAAUUAUAGCAUAGAACAAAAAUUCAGUCUUUCUUUCACCAGACCAGUAUCAAAGUUAUAACAAAAAUCAUAAGAUUAGUAGGAAUAAGAGAUUUUUUAAUUCAUUCAUUGGUAAAAAGUAAAACACCACAGCCAAGAUAAGUACAAAUAGUUCUCAGAUAAUAUAGAAAUAAGAAGGGAAUUUGCAGCAAGUAUCACAAUCACCCAAAAAGUAUGAUAGCAUUGAGUUAUAGUACCAGGCUAAAUAUAGUAGAUGCAUUAACGAGAGAUAUGGACUAUCUCAAAAGCCUAAAGAUAAUACUUUCGCACCUGCAUCAAUAGAAUAAAUGAUGGACCUUCGUAAAGCAAAAAAUAGUCUUUUGAGUUAAAUUAACGGAAGCUAUUUUAACUAAUCUGGAGUCAGUACUAACAUUACUCGAGAUCAAAAUCAAUCCUAUCAAAAUAACAAUUCUAGAAAUAGAAGUUUAGUUUAUGAUAGUCCUAUUACUAAGGUAUCCCUAAACUACAGAAGUAUUUAGGAUUUUGAUGAAAAUGGAGUGCUAGCUGCUGGAAGCAAAGCUAUUAACAGUGGCAGCUAAAUAUUAAACAGAAAACUUAGAAAAUCAAAGGCUAAUGGGGCUGGAGUGUAGUCAUUCCUAGAUAAAAUCAUGGAAGUAAAUAAAAAUAGCUUAAUAUGA